AUGAAAACUAAAGAAGCUGAUACGAUCUCGUUGGAAAAUAAAAAUCUUGCUGAAAAAUUCAAGAAUAUCAAGGAAGUCAAGACUGCUUGGAAGGAUCAUGUUUCUUCGAGAUCAGGAAAUGGCAAAGUCAACAUCGUUUACGAAAAAGUUAUUGAGGAAGAUCCGAUGUUGAUUGAGUCAAAACGAAUUGCAAGACAAAAGAGGGACAAGGAACAUGAUGAACUCAAUGCCCUAAGGGAAAAGUUGGAUGGUGAAGAGGCUGAAGCCAAGAAUUCUGAAAUCAUUCUUGAGAACAAGAAAGCUUUAUUUCCGGCCUGGACUUUUGAGCUACAGGGUAUUGAUGGGGUUUGA